CUUCGCCAGGAGCUGCAGAUUAUGGACUUGACUUGAUAGGAACUCUGAUGUUGAAUUCUGGGCUUCAGCAUUGGUUGAGUUUAUAUAAGCAGUCUGGAGUCUGAGGAGAAGUUAAAACAGUAUGGAAAGCAGUCUGCAUCACAAACAUCUCCAGGCUGAAGAAGAGGAAAGCCUUCCAUCCAUCAUGACAGCAAAUCUUCUUCUUCUCCUGUGUUUCGCUGGUCUUUUACCAAUCUCUGUCCCCAUUCUGAGAACCGUCCCUCACAAAUAUGAACUGCUGAUGACACCAAAGAUGUGGUUAGAUGCACGUAGUUCCUGCAGAAUGAUGUAUAAUGAUGCUGCCACAAUCGUGAGUGAUACUGAUUGGCUGAGGUUGCAGAAAGUAACUUUGAGCGAAGGUCUGACAACAAAUGCCUGGGCUGGAGUUUAUAACGAUGUCUAUAACUGGCGCUGGGUCUUAAAUAACAUCCCACUGGCGUGGUCUAACUGGAUCCCUGGACAGCCUGAUAACAUUGUGGGAAAUCAAAUGUGUGGUAUAAUCGCUAAAGAUAACCAGUGGGAUGAUGUACAAUGUGAUCUAAUUAGACCAUUCAUCUGUUACGAUGCUGGAUUCAGUGGUGCUUCCAGGUUCAUUGGCUUCAGUAAUCCUUUAAUGACGUGGCCUGAUGCUCGGACUUACUGCCAAACUUAUCACACAGACUUGGCCAGCUGCCUUAACAGUGCAGACAAUGACCUAUUGGUGGCGAUAAAGGUUGUCCAGGGUGAUUCCUGGAUCGGCCUACACAGAGACAUGGACAUGAAUCCGGCACCAGGCAGGUCUAAAACGCUUUCAGUCCUGACUGAGACCACGGCCUGGGGACCCUAA